UUGCAAGCGAGGAAGCGAGCCCUUCGAACGGCAGACGAAGGCCCAUCAGCGCAACACAGCCGUUGUCAAUCGACUAGGAACUCGACGUUGGCGUCCCGUUCGACUGUAGUUGUGGCAGCCGAAGAUGAUUCCAGUGGUAUACCGCUGUCCAAUGUGCCUCCUAACCACGGUUCAGCAACUCAAUCCCGAACUGGUCCAAUCAAUAGUGUCUACCGUUGCAGUGGAAGUCACCCGCCAACUGGCAGCGACUUUACCAGCCCUCACUUCGCCAACUGA